AUGAUCAGGUGGAUGUGUAUAGUGCUGCCGCGGUCCGGUCCAGAACCACGGUUCGAACCGGACUUUUGGUCCGGUUCUCUGUGGUUCGGUCCAUGGUCCUCAUGCCAGCCCGAACCGGACCGGAAAACGGUUCUCGGUUCUAGGUCCUCCCGAACGGUUCCAUUUUGGUUCGGCCUUCCCGAACCAUUCCGAACCCUUAUCGACUUCGACUUCGACAUCAUCUGCUUCGACGUCAAACUGUGGUCUUCGGGAUUUGCACUCUCGGUUGAUCAUGCUGCCUUUGGGCUUUUUGAAGUGCACUUCAUUCCACUUCGAGAACUUGUUUUGAGAACCGGUUUUGGUACAGCCCAGGGGCACAUUCCAUCCGCUGGCCGCGUCGAUAUUUCAAACGGGAACUAUGCAGAGAACCUAGUCCUGGAGGGUGUUGCUGGCAUAGGCGAGUCAGACAAACUGAAACUCGUAGACGUCAAGGAUACCUCCAAGUAUACCACCCUCUGCUUGGCUGCGGCGCAUGUGCUCGUUCGUCUCGAUGAUGGCACGAUCGUCGGCGAAUGGUAUGAUGUGACAUACAAGUGGUAUACCAGGUGUGGAAGCCGUGUUUUGGCUCUAGGAACGAAAGAAAGCAUGUCGAUCGACAAGAUCAAUAAAUUACCUCGCGAGGAUGUUGAGAGUUGCCUUGUGUUUGCUGGAUUCUUAGUCUUCUACUGA